AUGGCUAUCAAGAAUUUUAGCGGGCCAAGUCCUCUCAAAGUUGCCAUCAUCGGCGGUGGACCCGGGGGUUUGGGUGCAGCGAUUGAGUUUGGAAAGUUGAACUAUGUUGACUGGUCUCUUUACGAAAAGAAGUCACGCAUCAGUGAGACUGGAGGCGGAAUCAGUCUACAAAGACAUACCUGGAGGCUCUUAGAGCUGAAUGGGGCGGCCAAGAACAUUGAUCCUUUGGAUUUCUUCAGAUCUCCUGAUGGAACUAGCGGACAGUCAAGGAACGGAAGAACCGGAAAGCUUCUGGAGCAGCACCAUCAUCCCAAAGAUACACCGCCGCAGCAAGUGAGCUGUCGUAUGGUUCGAGCUAAGCUUCAGGCUGCCUUGCUCAAAGAAGUUGACCAAAGUCGUAUCAAGACCUCUAAGAAGCUGGUUGAUAUCACAAAGCUGCCAACUGGUAGGAUUGCGAUUCGUUUCGAAGAUGGUUUCAGCGACGAAGUUGACCUACUAGUUGGAGCAGAUGGCAUUCGUUCGUUUGUAAGAUCUUACGCUUUCCCAGAGCACAAGAUUAAAUACAACGGCCAGUCUGCCUAUCGUACUAUCAUUCACAAGCCUACGGCCGAGAAGGUCGAGGGCAUCCCGAAGUCUCCCGUAUUCUGGCAGAACACUGGUGGCAAAUACGUGUUUACGUGCCCUCUUGGCGGAGAUGACUUUGAGGUCACUGCACGCAUCCGCCGACCGAUCGAAGGGCAGGAACAUGUGAGCUGGGGUCGGCCUUUUGACUUUGCCACUAUCGCCUCAGAGUACGACGAAUUUUGCGAGCCUGUCCGCAAAGUCAUUCAGCUUGCUGCUCAAGGCGAGACACAGGAAUUUGCACUUUUCUCAGGCCCGCGAUUGAAAAGUGUUGUCCAUGAGCAAGCUAUUGCCUUGAUUGGCGAUGCAUCUCAUCCUCUUUCAGGAGCCUUUGGUGCUGGGGCCGGAUUUGCUCUGGAGGAUGUCUAUGCCUUGACGCAAAGCAUUGACUGGCACUGGAGUAACGGUGGGGACUUGUCUGCGGCACUGGAGUUGUAUGACCAGAUCAGGUCACCCCAUUAUCGCGACUUGUACAAAGUCUUGGAUGAUUUUGGUGCGAUGAAUACUACGUUGCUUUCGGAGAAUAUUCCUGUUAAUGAGGAGAUUGAGGAGCGAGUCCGAAGGGCAGCUGAGAGUAAGAGUACGUGGAUGUACCAUUACGAGAUAGACAAAGCUGUCGAAAAGUUGCUCGGGGCUGCCAAUCAACAUGGCCAGGUCGCAGCUGUGCUCUGA